GGGAAACAACGCAACGUUCCUAGUGUUUUGUUUCCGGUCGGACUGUUUAUCUGCGACACGGCGUUGAACGAAAGCCGCUACAGGUGGACCGAGCAUGUCUCUCUCGAGAUCCAUAUUGCUGGUGGGAGAGGGGAACUUCUCAUUUUCUGCCUCGUUGUCCUCGGAGACAGAGACCCGCGUAACGGCCACUUGCCCGCAGCGCCAGGAGGACGCACUGCGGCACGACGGCGCAGCCGAAAACAUUGACAUGAUCCGGGGCUCCGGUAGGGCGGUUUGUCGGUGUUAUAUUUUUCUACCAAGUUGUUUGUUUUUGUGGCACUUCUUGUACACUCUUGUGUGUUAUGCAUCAGGUGGGUUGGUGCUUUUCGAGGUGGACUGCACGAAGCUCGGGCAGUGUGCCUCUCUGCGGGGCUGUUUAUUUGAUCGCGUGGUGUUUAACUUUCCUCACUGCGGGAGAAAGAGCGGGGUCAAAAAGAACAGAGAACUCCUCAAAAACUUCUUCCUCAGUUGUGUUCAGUUGUUGUCUGAAGACGGAGAGGUCCAUGUUUCCUUGUGCAAUGGACAGGGUGGGACACCAGCGGACCAACCGAAGCGAGAGUGGCACAACAGCUGGCAGGUGGCUGCCAUGGCAGCAGAGGCUCACCUCAUCCUCAAGGAUGUCCGUCCUUUUGAAAAGGAGAAAUACCAGAGCUAUAAGUGCACUGGAUACAGGAGCCAGGAUAAAGGCUUUCAUGUGGAGAACGGUUUACUUCACGUGUUUACCCGCAGCCUCCCCUACAGCCCUGCUGAGAUACUAAAGGUUGAGGAGGUUGUUGAAGGGGACCAGGUUCUGUACAACAUACCAGCUGAGCUUAGUGAUUGUGUGUUCAGGGGGUUUCUCUGCUCAGGCUCUGUCCACCCUGUCAGGUUGGUGCAAGAUUUUCUUCUCAAAGGACUGGCGGAGAAGUGGUCUGUCUCCAUGACAACACAGACCGUUCCCUUCCUCCUCAAAGCCAAACAGCCGCAGGCGUCCGGCUGCGACAUUGAUGCGGCAGACUGCUACUGGAUCCACCUGCUUCAGAAAGAAGUCGUAUCUGAAAACCAUACCUCGACAGACAAAGAAAGAGACAUACAAGCGACUUUGGCACGACUCACCUUGGAUAAAGUGGACAGGGUGAGGAGUAAAGGAGCAGAGAGCCUACGAUCUGCAGGCUUAAUUGACAUUGAUCAUGAAGGGGAAAGUUGUCUUUAUAUGCUCCGUCCGUCACUGCUCUCCCAGAUGGAGGAGCUUCUAACUAAAAGAGAAGCGUUUGUUAACAAUGCAGCGAGGCAUGGGGUGGAUGAGAGGAAUAAUGAAAGUGUUAAGCUCGACGGACAUAAGAAGGAGGGGCCUCUUGGGGGCUGUAACGGUGUCCCCAGCUUGUUUGGCAUUAGCGGCCUAGUGUUUAAGAACGUGCCCGUCAACCUCUGGAAUCUGCCUGCCUUUCAUGAGCUCCUCCUCAGGGGGGUUUUCCCCUCAGCAUGUGAGCCAAUCAGAUUGAUUGGACAAAGACUGGAAACGCUGCUGGCACCCUAUGGGGUCUCCUUAGUCGCCGAACAGGGCGGUCUGCGUAUGACCGCUCUGCAAAAGGGAUUGGUUGGUAAAGUGUUUGCAAACAAUGCAAGUGACAACAUUAGCAGUGUCAGUGUCACCGUGUCCCUUAAUUUAGACCUUCUCUCCGUGCUCUUGUUCUCACUGCCCGACUGGCGGCUGCUGUGGUCCCACGACCCACGCUUCCUACGGCAGUUUGAGCUCCGCCCAUCCCCGGGGGAACCGUUCCAGCCGUUCUCCCUGUUCCCCGAGCACUUCAGCUUCGACAUUAGCUUCUGGACAGGGCCGACAUGGGCGGAGAGGAAGUUCCACGCCGCGAUCCGAGAGGCCAGCCACGGGACCGUGGAGCAAGUCAAGCUCAUGGACACGUUCUCGCAUCCCGACCUCAGCCAGACCAGUUACUGCUACAGACUCAUCUACCACUCAAACACACAUGCUCUGUCACACACACAAGCUCUGCAGUUUCACAAAGACCUAGAAACCUUCCUUACCUCUCGGUUACAAGUCACUAUCAGGUAGUAAUAUUUUAAUGUUUUAAACAGUUUUUGUCUGCUUGUAUCAUAAGCAUAUCGAUAGUGGUUGGACAGUGUUUACAGUGAUUGGGACAUUGUGCGCUUUAGUUUUCCAUUGAACAGGUGUCUGCAUCUGUAUGUUGGAUUAAAGUAGCAUUCAAUAAAUGUUUUCAGAAUGAUCUGAAGUGAACAGGUAUGAGAUCACAAACCAUUUUGUCUGGUUGGUGCUUUCUGUAAAUUGCAUAAUGUUGCAUCCCGUUUGAUAAACUGAUCAUAUGUUUUAAUUUUCUUAAAUGAAACUUUGAAACACACACAUUUUCUUCUUCAUCUUGAGAUUAGUAUCUCAAAAUUGCUUUACACAUCUUUGAUGUUUUG